GCUUAAUAUUCCCAUGGAUAGUUUCUAGAAAGUUUCCGGACAUCUACCCUAACACUAACCCUAACCCCUUUGCGACCCUAGUUUUAAGGCUUCUAGUAGAAGAGUGCUGGGUUUUCCGAGGAGCUCCUGAAGGCCUCGGUGAUGAUCCACCUGAGGAAUCUGCCAUUACACCGAAAAGUGAGAAAUGAAACGAGAAGACAUCCAGGAGCCGCGGUUUGUCUGAAGUUCACACGUGGUCGCUGAGGUGAGGUCCGAACAAGGUCCUGUGGCCGAAAGGCUGCUGGAAGCCGAGCUAAGGUUAACUAUAUAACGGUGGUGGUGCGGCCUAGGGUUAGAGUGGUCGUCCUCCAAUAAGAAGGUUGGCGGUUCAAUCCUCACUGCAUGCCGAAGUGUCCUUGGGCAAGAUACUGAACUCCUAAAUAGCCACAUAUAGAUGUUUAAUGCACGAAUUGUAAGCCGCUGGAUAAAAGCGUCGGCUAAAUGACAUGACAUGACAUUUAAUGUAAUUUAACUAGCCAAGCUCUGCUAAACUAGCUAACGUUAGCUCGGCUAAACUAGCUAACGUUAGCUAGCCUAGCUAACUUUAGCUCGAUGAAACUAGCUAGCGUUAGCUUUUUUACUUAGGUGAAAGUUUAGCUCUGCAAAAUGUCCCCCCCUUGUUUUGAAGAUUAAAAGUUUAAACAUAGAAACGUCUAAAUUAUUCUUAAAUAAUGAAAUAUAAAAUUGUUGGUAACUUUUCAAAUUAAUAUUUCAUUGUAUUCAACCUGUUAGAUUUUAAACCAUUUUCUCAAUAUCGUAAUCUUACAUUACUGGAUAUUGUUGUUUGUAAAUUUUUUAUUGGCAUGAAGUGAAACAGCUGUUUUUGAAGUCAAUGAUUGGUUUUAAAAAUCUGAAAUUAGCCGAAUAUUUCGGUUGUAUCCUAUUAAAAAGCAUUUGCCAUGAGAUUGUAUGAAUACAAAUACAUGUACAUCUGAUGUACGAUGCAAAAUACUAGUAAUACAAAUCGUAACAUACACGAUUUCAAGACACUUUACAUUAGAGGUCAAGUUGUAUCCAGAGACAGUGAGACACGACUGAAUACUGUGAGUGGUUACGAAUCGAACACUAAAUUCAUCAUCUUACUAAAUCUUCUAUUCCCAGAGCUCUGUUUCUACUUCCUCCCCCGUGUGCAUGUGGCAGGUUUUCAGCUGAAUUGAGCGAGAUGGCUGACGGGUGGGACAACCCCGGGACGUCCUCGCCUGCCUCCAGCUCCCCAGUGUCGUCUCCCUGCUGCAAAUCCACCCAGACAUGGCUGCCAGCUGAAUCUCCCCUGCGCCCUCGCUGGUUGAGUGAUCAAAAGGAGCAGGAGGAUGAUUCUGGGCACCAUCGAGUUGGGGUGCAGACGAGUGAGCCUCCUUCCUCUUGUGUCUUUGGGGAACUCUUUUGCCCCAGCCAGGGUUUGGCCCCUCUGGCCCCUCUGGCCGGCACCAUCAUGGCCUCCCCCUGGCCGCAGAGCGACGUGGUGAAACAAGGUUACCUGGGGAAGCUGGAGCGAAGCCACAGGCGAUAUUUUGUCCUGAGAGCGGGAAGCGACACGGGGCCGAGCCGACUCGAGUGGUACAAGAGCCGGGAGAAGUUCACAGCCGGGAGGAAGUCUGCCGGCAAAGCUGCCCUGUUCGGAUCGAGCAAGCAAGGGGUGAUUUACCUGAGGUGCUGUCUCGGCGUGAGUCGCACCGGCAGUUCCAAGAAAGGACACAUGGUGGCGCUGUAUGCAAAGGAUCAGACCAUGGUGCUGGCUGUGGAGGACCAGCAGGAACAAGAAGAAUGGUACGUUGCCAUUAAGAAGCUGAUGGAGGGAGAACGGAAGGAUGAAGAGCACGGAGGGGGGAUCGAUGAAGACGAUGAUGGGUACUGCAGUCUGCCCCCUGCUGCCUUUUUCAAAGAGGUCUGGCCCGUCUCAGUGAAGCCCAGAGGUCUGGGUCGUUCAAAGUCCCUCGGUGGGGAGACGCGGCUCUGCCUCACAGCGUCCUCGCUCAUCCUGGUCAAACUGGGCGCAAUCAGCCAUUUGCCGUCGGUGACGAUACCUCUGCUGAGCGUUCGGCGCUUCGGCCACCUGGACGGCUCGUUCUACUUGGAGCUCGGCAGGUCUGCACCUGACGGCCCUGGAGAAAUCUGGAUGGAGGCAGGAGACCAAGGGGACCCAGGAGUUGCCCAGCACAUUCACGAGGUGGUUCGGGAGACAGUCCAUGCUCUGCGGGCUCUUCCAAACUUCAGCCAGUCGCCUCCCUCCAACCAGCAUCAAGCACUUCUGCUCUCAACACGCAACAGAUAUAAAUACAGAGACAAGGCCGUGGACAUGAGGCCUCUGACGCUAGCUCUCAGAAACACUAACAUCCACACGAGUCCCACACGGUCUUACAUCGAGCCCGGCAAACCAAACGCCACCAAGCCCGAGUCCACUCCGAGCCUGGCCUCACGUCUCAGCCCUGUCGGGUCCCAGCGGAGCUCCGUGCCUGAGACCGGCAGCUACAUGGAGAUGAAGGCUGAGCACCGCGGUGAUGCCGCCUGCAGGUUGGAGAGCUGGGAGCUGGAGGAGGAGGAGGAGGAAGAAAGGUCGGACUACAUGAUGAUGUCUCCACAGGGCAGCCGCAGCUCAUAUGUGUUUGCCCAGGAUGAUUAUGUGUCAUUGGAAAGUCCAUAUAAAGACAACAGGCCUCCAGACUCGUCCCCGUCCUCUGGCCUCCACACAUCAUUCUCCAGCUCCACCUCUGAUGACUACUCUCCUCUGCGUCCAUCACGUCCUCAGACCAAUGAGCUCAGUCAGAAAACAGACGCCGGCCAAUCACAGAUGAGCAUCAGCUUCUCCACUCGACCGGCGGAUGAGCAGAAGACAGCAGCUCAGCGCAGACGCCACCCGGCACAGACCAGCUCCUCUUCCUCUUUCUCUCCUCUGCGGAGCGUCGACGGGCCUCACUCGAUGAAGAGUCCAGUGCAAGCCAGUCCAAACUCUGACCUGGGCCGGUCCAGUCCAUUCCCAGCUGCUCCAGACCAGUCGGCUUUUAGAAGAUACCGGCUGUCGUCCUGUCUGAUGUCUUGCUUGCAGUCCGAGGACAGAUCCUGAGUUGUCAUUCAAUAUUUAGCCCAUGUUGCUGUUGCUCUUCCUUUGGGUUCAUGUGUCUUAACACUGAAGAAAAAAAAAUUGUUGUUUUUGUAAAUCACUGAAGUUUCUUACGUGUCUGUUAACGCACCGUGUUUGUGAUUUUGUAUUCGUUGAUUGGUUUUGAAGAAUCGGUUAAAUACAACCGGGAUGUUAAGCCUGAACCUCACAGCACUGGAGGAUGUUGCACUGUUAUUGGAUGUUAAUGAAAAAAAAAGAAUAAAUAAAUGUGAAUAUUCUGUCUUCUGGCCUUUUAUACUCUAUACAGCUCAGUGGAAGACUGGAUGUUCUAC